AUGUAUCGAUUAUUUCGAUUUCCAAAAGUUAUCAAUUCACCAUCUAAAUUCACUUAUCCCAUAAAAAAAAAUGCUUUCCAAUCUACAUUGUUUUCAAAUAAACCAUCUUUGGAUAAUUGUAAUUGUUAUUAUUAUUUUUCAACUAAUUCAGCUAAUAAACCAUUAUUCGAUAAAAUUCUAAUCGCAAACCGAGGUGAAAUUGCAUGUCGUGUGAUUCGUACUGCUAAAAAAUUGGGCAUAAAGACUGUCUCAGUUUAUAGCGAAGCAGAUAAAUAUUCGUUACAUGUUAAAAUGGCAGAUGAUGCAUAUUUAAUUGGACCUGCACCUUCUUCGGAAAGUUAUUUAAAUAUCGAAAAGAUAAUUGCUGUGGCCAAAGAAAGUGGUUCACAGGCAAUUCAUCCAGGAUAUGGAUUUUUAUCAGAGAAUGCAAAUUUUGCAGAGCGUCUCGCAAAUGAAAAAAUCAUAUUUAUUGGUCCACCAGCAUCAGCAAUGAUUUCUAUGGGCUCAAAAAGUGAAUCGAAAGAUAUUAUGAUUGCUGCUAACGUUCCUGUCGUUCCAGGAUAUCACGGAACAAAUCAAGAUCCUAAAUUCCUUAAAGAACAAGCAUCAAAAAUUGGAUAUCCAGUUUUAAUUAAAGCUAUAAAAGGUGGAGGAGGAAAAGGAAUGCGUAUUGUUAAUGAUCCAUCUGAAUUUGAAAUUCAACUUGAAUCAUCUAAAAGAGAAGCUAUAAAAUCUUUUGCUGAUGAUCAAGUUCUUAUUGAAAAAUAUCUUGAAACACCACGUCAUGUUGAAGUACAAAUUUUUGCAGAUACGCAAGGAAAUGCUGUACAUCUUUUUGAAAGAGAUUGUUCUGUUCAAAGAAGGCACCAAAAGAUUUUAGAGGAAGCUCCAGCACCAGGAUUAAGUAAAGAAAUAAGACAAGAACUUGGUGCAAAGGCCGUUGCCGCUGCUAAAGCCGUUAAUUAUGUUGGAGCAGGUACCGUUGAAUUUAUAAUGGACAAUAAAGACAAACGAUUCUAUUUUAUGGAAAUGAAUACAAGAUUGCAGGUGGAACAUCCUGUGACAGAAAUGGUUACUUCUACAGAUUUAGUUCAUUGGCAAUUGGAGGUAGCAUCAGGAAAUCCGUUACCCGUGACGCAAGAUGAACUUUUCCUUGAUGGUCAUGCAUUUGAAGCUCGUAUAUAUGCCGAAAAUCCAGAAAAUAAUUUCCUUCCUGAUAUUGGGCCAUUACUUCAUAUUCAUACACCAUCACUUUCAUCAAAUAUUCGGCUAGAAACUGGUUUUGAACAAGGAGAUGAAAUUAAUGUUUAUUAUGAUCCUAUGAUUGCAAAAUUAAUUACCAAAGGCGCGAAUCGUACAGAAGCAUUACGUAGAUUAAGAAAUGCCUUGCAAGAAUAUGAGAUCGUUGGAUUGAAUACGAAUAUUGAAUUUUUGAAAAGAGUAGUUUCACAUCCUGCUUUCAUACAAGGAGAAAUUGAAACUGGAUUUAUUAAGAAAUAUGAAACGGAAUUAUUUGCACCUGAUCCAGAAGUAUCACCUCAUAUUAUUGCUCAAGCUGCUUUGUCAUUAAUCUUGAAGGAGCAUCAAGAAUUAAAGAAAGUUACUAUAGGAUCAUUUGAUCCGUAUUCACCUUGGACAUCGUACCCUGGUUAUCGUCUUAACACAAUAUAUGAACGAAAUAUUUUAUUCAAUGACCGAAAUGAUGACCGUAUAUCUGUUGACAUAAAGUAUUUACAGGACAAUUCAUUUGACAUUAUUAUUAAUCGUGGUAAAGGCAAUCCGAUUGUACUUGAACGCGCUACUGGUCAUUGGGAUGAUGCAGAGAAACAAAUUAUAGCAGAUAUUAGUGGUAUACGGUUUAAAAGUCGUAUCGUGAUGGAUAAGAAUAAUAGAAUUAUUAUAUUUGAUCGGGAUGGAAAAGUAGUUUUACAUGUUCCAGAACCUUUAUAUCUUGGUUCAGGUGUUGCAGAUGUGGCACAUUCCAUUAAAACGCCAAUGCCAUGCAAAAUUUCUCAGGUUCUCGUUCAACCUGGACAAGCGGUUGAAAAAGGAUCACCUUUACUGAUAUUAGAAGCAAUGAAGAUGGAGCAUAUAAUAAGGUCUCCAAUUACUGGAAAGAUUGAAAAAGUGUAUUAUAAUAUUGAUCCAUCAGACCGAUCACGCAAUCUAUUACCAUCUUUGAUCUCCACAUCAGACGUUGAUCUUAUUCGUAUUGAUAUCGAAAGUAUAACAUUCCUUCCACAAAAAACACAUCUAUUCUCUGGAACCAACACAGACGAAACAUUAUUUACAGAAAUAACCACAAAAGUCAAAUGCAAAAAUUUAGAAUUAUGUGUUAAACUUGGGGAAGAAGGAAUUUUUAUAAUUUUAGAUCGAUACUUAGAAGAUCAUGAUACAUCAGUGGAAGAACUUAUAAGUAUACUCGAUAAUGAUGAAAUGGAAGCAAAAGAACAAAAAGAUUUGAAAAUUAAAGAAGUCAUUUUUAUAGAAAUUAAUCAAGUGGUUGGGUUUAAAAUAGAAAGUCGUAAUAUUUAUUUUGAGUUUGAUAAAGGAAUUAUAAGAGAGGCAAGUAUACUUAUUACACAUUAUUGUUAUCCAUCUGAGUCUAUUUCAUCGGCGACACAAAUACCGGAAAUGACGAAUAAAUUAUUGGAAAAUGCUACACUAAUGAUUGCUAAGCCUAAGAAGAUAGUAAGUAAAGAUCGAUUGAUGAAAUUUAAAGAAGGUGUGAAUCUACAAAGACUUGAUAGAAUUUCAUAUGAACCUACUUUAAAUUGGAAUCAAGAUGUAGAUCCUAAUAAGGAUCAACCUACCAAUUUUGUCCCUGUCGAUAAGUCAACCAGUACCAGGCCACCAGAAGCUAAAAUCAACAAUAAAUUUAUUAAAAAUAAGCCACCAGAAGCUAAAAUCAACAAUCAUUUUAUCAAAAAUAAGCCACCAGAAACUAAGAUCAACAAUCAAUUUAUUCACAAUAAACCAUCUGAAGCUAGAUUCAAUAAUCAAUUUAUCAACAAUAAACCACCUGAAGCUAGAUUCAAUAAUCAAUUUAUCAACAAUAAACCAUCUGAAGCUAAAUUCAAUAAUCAAUUUGUCAACAAUAAACCACCUGAAGAUAAAUUCAAUAAUCAAUUUAUCAACAAUAAACCACCUGAAGAUAAAUUCAAUAAUCAAUUUAUCAACAAUAAACCAUCUGAAGCUAGAUUCAAUAAUCAAUUU